AUGGCCCGCGCGAAUGUUGUGGAGCAUGGCGUCUACGUGAAGCCGAUCAGCCAAAACCCGUACAUUUCAACCGUGCACGACGGUGUUAGCACCGGCUACAUGGAGGGCUUUUCUGCGAAGCCCAUGCACUGGCUUUACCGCUUCCGCUACAACUACCUGCCGCAGGGCUUUGCAACGGGCUUUUUCUCUCGCAACCCAUACGGCCGCUACGUGCACUGGUUGGAAGUCAGUACCAUUGAAAAGAUGCGUCUGCAGGCCACAUCGGUUGAGACGUUUCCUGCCAGCGUCCUGACCGCCAUUGUGUUGGCAUACACAAUGUGGUUCUGUUACCGCCUCGCUUUCGUGCACCCCGACAUCACCCUUUACAAUAUUGGUCUCUGGACAACGAAGCCGUGGAUUGCCGCACAGCGCUUCAACAAGAAGCACGAGAUCGACCAGCCUGUCUACCGCUGGAUCCACCGUGCUCCGGAGUACUACAUCACGGACCCGUACCGGCAGCUCACAAAGCUUGGUGUGGCGGCCAACGACACAUGGCUGGAGUACGUCAAGUCGAUGGGCCGCGAGGAGGAGCUUUUGGUGGGGCCGCACGACAGCAAGUGGAGGGAGGGUGGCAAGAGCACACUGCUGCCGCUUGAGAUUCCUUUCGAGGACAAGAGCGGUCACAGCCCUGGUCCGCUGCCCACAGUCCUCUAA